GAUGAACACAAAUGUAAAUGCCCUCUUUGUGGAAAUUACGUCAAGCCCGACACCUGCGGAUUUUCUGACUGCAAAUGGAAAUACGAGGGAAUUGUUAAGGGGUGAGAGUCCAGAGAAAAAGAGUUGCGGUUGGCAAAACGUUGAACCUGAUGUAUACCAUACAUUUGAAGAUAUGGAACAGUUAUCUUGGAGUAGUCUUUGA